CGGACGGUGUCGACGGGAUCGUAAUUUCAUAUGCUGGGCGCCAGCAGCACGCGCUCUUCUCCCAGUCCUGACUCUCACCUCUCUACUAUACACCUCCAUUCCUUUCCCUCACUCUCCUUCGAAUGGCGAGCCAUGAGUUGAGCUCCCUUCCCUCAACUGACUUGAAAGAUCCCGUGGAGGCUGGCGUGGAGGAAGUGUUGGGGUCAGAGGCGGCGGUGCUGGAGCAGAAAGUAUGGCGAAAGUUGGAUAGGUGGCUGAUGCCUAUGGCGAUGAUGUUCUACCUCCUCUCGUUUGUGGACCGGUCCAACAUCGCAAAUGCAAAGGUCGCCGGCAUGCAGACAUCACUGAAGAUGACGAAUUACGACUACAGUAUCGCCCUUACGGUCACGUACAUACCAUAUAUUCUCGCUGAAUUCCCGUCCAAUAUCCUCCUUAAGAUUGUGGGGCCCGACCUCAUGCUUCCAGGGAUGAUCGCUAUGUGGGGUAUCGUUGCAACACUACAAGGGGUUGUACAUAACUAUUCGGGCCUGCUUGCAUGUCGAUUCUUCCUUGGCUUAUGCGAGGGCGGGCUGUUCCCGGGCAUUACGCUUUACCUGUCUUUCUUUUAUCCCCGCGAACGCUUACAGAUACGAGUUGCCGCAUACUUCGCGUCAGCCUCUCUCUCCGGCGCUUUCUCGGGGCUUCUUGCUGCUGGUAUCGUCAACAUGGACGGCAUAGGGGGGAGGCCCGGAUGGGCUUGGAUCUUCAUCCUAGAAGGACUCUUUACCACUAUCUUUGGCGUCGUGUGUUUAUUCCUCCUUCCAAGAUCGCCAGAGACAGCCCGUUUCCUCUCAUCCUCCGAGCGAUCUUACGUGCUUAGUCGCCUUAAGAAGGAUGGAGCGGUUUCACAUGAUACUGAAGACGAUGGGUUCAGCUGGAGAGAAGUCUCCAAGUGUUUUAGUUCUCCGCAUAUUUGGAUGCUAUCAGUCGCCUUAUUCUUCAUGGGAACUACACUGUACGGACUAGCAUACUUUGAGCCUGUCAUUGUUCAGGGCUUGGGUUACGCUGGCAAUCAUGCACAGUUGAUGAGCGCGCCUCCUUUUGCGGUCGCCUUCGUUCUCUCGAUCAUAACUGCCUUCACCUCUGACCGUUUUGGCAGGCGUGGAUUGACAGCCAUCUGCUUCUCGAUCUUAGCCACCAUCGGCUUUGCGAUGUUUUACGCGAGCGAUUCUCAUCGUGUACAGUACGGCUCCCUCUUUCUGACGAUUCCAGGAGUAUAUGGGGCGGCCCCUGCCCUUGUCACAUGGAUAACGAACAAUAGCGCCCCGCACACGCGGCGGGCGACGGCAGUCGCAAUCGGCUUCAUCAACUCGAACGCGGGCGGCGUGCUCGCGACGUGGCUCUUUGGUACGCUCUCACCCGCGCCCGAGUACAAAAAGGCGACGGUCAUCUGCCUCGCUUUCUCCGUCGGCGUGGUGGUUCUAUCCGCGGCGAACUGGGCAUACCUCGCUAAUGAGAACCGCAAGAAAACCGCAGAGCGGGAAGCGGGACGCACGAGGGAGGAGGAGCACGGGCUGGGGGACCAGAGCGCUUGGUUCGUGUAUAAUCUAUAGCUUGAUCAAAAACGGCAUAUCGGUGAACCCACGUUCGUUUCAUUUUGGACUAAAUUCAUUAUUCUUAAUAUGAGAUUGCACGCCAUAUGGACUAUAACAGAGCUUGCGUUGAUC